AUGGGUUCCAAGUCAGGACUAAACCUGAAUACUCCACCAUCGAAAACGAAACGGCUCCCGGCUAAUGGGUUGCAAGAUAAGGUCAAAACCCCCGCUAAUUCGUCACCAAGUAAAAUAUCGAAGAAUGAGUCGAUAAAUGAAGGGCUAUCAUUUAUAGUGCGCCCGAGCUCAUCAACGGGCUGGGCAACUGUUUUUAAAGUAUACCUCAACCUUGACGUAAUUCGACAGCUCGGUUUUACUGCUGGAGACUUGGUAGUUGUUUCGAAACCUGGAGAAAAGGGUGUUGUAGGCUUGAUAAGUCCAAGUGGGGUAAAGUUAUCGAACCAGAUCGUAGAACUAAAUUCCAGUUUUAGAAAGAUUUUGGGAAUUGUUUCUGGAGAGAGAAUAUCUUUAAAAAAAUUUAAAGGAAGACCAACCAAUGCUAUAUCAGUACAGAUUGGCUGCUUGGACUACGAAAAACUCACGACAGAUGAGAGCAAGGAUCUAGCGAUUAACUCUAUCAAGGCAAUUCUUAAGGACAUAAACUUAAUAUCUCCCGGGUUGAGAUUUGAGCUCAACUCUCAAGCUGAUACUAAAAGUGAAGCAGUUGUAACAAAUAUCAGUGGUUUACCAGAUAUUGAAAAUCUAAAUCUGGAAAGUCGUUCUCAGGGCCAUGGUGAUGAAGACCUCCUUUCUCCUGUGUUUUAUUUCGAUGCCGUCAACACGGAGGUGCUUCUCUCAUCUUCUUGUAACAUUCAGAAUGAUAUUCCAGCUAUGAUUGGGUAUUCCUCUGUAGGCGGAUUAGGAAAACAAAUAGCAUUGCUGCGCUCUAAAAUUGAAUUACCCCUGCAUAAACCUGAGCUUUUCAAACGAUUCAAUAUGGCCCCGGACAGAGGAUUUUUGUUAUAUGGUCCUCCUGGUACGGGUAAAACAAUGUUACUGAGAGCUGUGGCGCAUGAAACUGACGCACAUAUACUUACGAUUAAUGGACCAUCUAUAGUCUCGAAAUACCUUGGUGAAACCGAAUCAUCGCUUCGAUCAAUUUUUCAAGAGGCUCGGGAAUAUGAACCCUCUAUAAUUGUUAUUGAUGAAAUUGAUGCUCUGGUCCCAAAGCGUGAUAGUGAUGAUUCUGGGGAAGCAGAAAGUAGAGUAGUCUCCACUUUGCUAACAUUAAUGGAUGGUGUAGGGUCAACUGGGAAGGUGGUCGUUAUAGGGGCUACUAACCGGCCUAAUUCGAUUGAUCCUGCUCUUCGAAGACCAGGUAGGUUCGGGCAGGAAAUUGAGAUUGGUAUCCCAGAUGCUAUUGGGCGGCUUGAAAUUCUAGAUAUUCAUUUCAGAUCAAUGCCACACAAAUUGAGUCAUGGUUUCAUAGCUGACAUCGCAAGCAAGACGCAUGGCUAUGUUGGAGCAGAUUUGUAUGCGCUCUGUAGAGAUUCAGUUAUGAAGGCUAUUCAAAGAGGAAUAGAUAAUGAUGAAAGCAUUGAACAGAUGGCUGUUGUCGAGGAUGAUAUAAUCAAGGCAAUGUUAGAUAUUAGACCCAGUGCAAUGAGAGAGAUCUUCUUGGAGACGCCUAAAGUCUUGUGGAGUGAUAUCGGUGGGCAAGAACAUGUGAAACAGAAACUCAAAGAAACAGUAGAGUGGCCAUUGUCACAUUCAGAAACAUUUAAUAAGCUGGGCAUUACUCCACCUAGAGGUGUUCUGUUAUAUGGGCCACCAGGUUGCUCUAAAACCCUUAUAGCCAAAGCACUGGCAACGGAAACAGGUUUGAACUUUUUGGCAGUGAAGGGCCCCGAACUUUUUAACAAGUUCGUUGGCGAGUCGGAAAGAGCUGUCAGAGAGACUUUUAGAAAAGCCCGUGCUGCUGCUCCAAGUAUCAUUUUCUUCGACGAGAUUGAUGCUCUAAGUGCUGCUAGGGGUCAUGGAGAAGCAGGAGGUGAUCGAGUGCUUACUUCACUUUUAAAUGAAAUGGACGGAAUUGAAGCACUGAAAGAUGUUAUUAUCAUAGCUGCCACUAAUGUGCCAGAUAUUAUUGAUACAGCGCUCAUGCGACCGGGACGCUUGGACCGCCUCAUAUACGUCGGUCCCCCAGACUUGGAUGCUAGAUUAAAAAUUCUGGCAAUUCGUUUCAACAAAAUGAAGAUAGCCACAGACGUGGACAUAGAAAAGAUAGCGAAAUCCACAGAUGGAUGUUCAGGUGCAGAGGUUGUUGCCUUAUGCCAGGAAGCUGGAAUCCAGGCGAUGAACGAAGAUCUUGAUAUAGAUUGUGUCAGUAUGCGCCAUUUUGAUGCCGCUUUGAAAGGUAUUCGGAAGGGCAUAACAAAGGAUAUCAUAGAUUAUUUUGAAGAAUUUGCCCGCUCAUCUGGCAACUGCCAGUAA